UUAGACCAAGAGGUGCUGGGAAACUCCAGCCAGCGAUCCCACUCCCAGUCCCUGCUGCUGCUGCACGCCCCUGGGGAGAAGCAACUACCCCGUGGUCCAGGCUUCAUUCGGACCUUUCACUGUAAAGCAGAACCAGAGCGGCCGACGGAAGCAGCAGCAGCGCGGAAGCAGAGCUCUAUUACAGCGUCUCCCCCGCUCGGCACAGCGCCCCCUGCCUGUCUGGAGACGGUACUGCAGCCUUCGCAGAACGAGCUUCACUACACCGGGGCGGUGGCUCUGCGGAGCGGGGGGGCGCCGGGACCGGACUCGGGGGAGGAGGAGGAGGAGGAGGAGCUGAGGCUGGACCCCAACGUCGUGAUUCGCUCCCCGAAAGGACCCCUGAAGCUGGGGCAGCCAAUCAAAGUGGGGGUGCUGCUGAGGGAGAACUGCACUGCAGAGCUGGUGGUGAUCAGAGUGAAGCUGAAGAAAGGUCUGAGCGUGGAGUCGGUCAGCCCGUCGCUCGCUUCAGACGACUGGACAGUGAGUGUGGAGGAAACGCUGGGGUCCAAACACCACACCACCCUCGCUGACCAUCCGCAGAGCAGCACGAUCGCACACACACAGAGAAGCUCUCGUGUGAUUGUGUUCAUGUUCAUGUUCCCCUCUGUUCUGUUCUGGGAGCCGGCUCGCCUCUCUCUCCAGUCCGAUAACUUCACGGGCCCGGCUGUGACCCGCAGGAUCUCCUGGCAGGUGGAGUACCCGGGUCAGAACCCGCUGUGGGGGUCCGAGGGGGGGGCGGCGCUGACCCGGAUCACGCUGACCCACCGGGCCCUGCUGGGCAUCGUACCCGUCACACAGACCCCUUCUCUAGUGAACACCGCCAUUCUGACGGGACUCCGCGUGUCGCUUCCUGUCACCGUGCUGGCAGUGGAGCAUGAUGGGACGGUCUAUGACGUCACCCACUACGUCACCUGCCGAUCAACGAACGAGGAUAUCGUCAAGGUCUCGUCGGACUGCUCCUCGGUGUUCGUGGACGGGUUCGAGUCCUCUCAGGGGGGGCUGGGGGUGCGGGUGGAGUUCCAGCUCGAGUCACUCGCUGGCGCCCUCCUGCUGUCGGUCUGGGUGCCGCGGCUCCCUCUCACCCUGCAGCUGUCGGACGCGCAGCUGAGCCAAAUCAGGGGCUGGAGAGUCCACAGCAACACUGAUUGUUCUCCUCAGUAUCAGAGGUCCACAGUUCAGGUUCUAGCCCAGUUUGCGGCCAUCCCAUUGGACCCCGAGGGUCAGCUGACCUUCAUGCUGGGCUCUCCUGAUUGGUUCGUCGACGUCACAGAGCUGGUCCGGGAUUGGCUGAGGACUACCGAGCCGCGCAUAGCGACGCUGAGCCCAGAGGGCAUCCUGAUUGGACGAGAGCCGGGCGUGACAUCACUGCAGGUAGUCUCGUCUCUCUGGGACACUGUUAUAGGUCAGAGGGAGGUCACAGUGUCCAGUGAUAAAGUGACCCUUGGUGACCUUUCGGUCCAGCUGAUUUCGGGACUGACCCUGUCAAUCAAACCCAGCGCCGGCCUCCACGGUGUCGUCACGGCAACGGCCAGCGCACAGCAACAGCUGCACACCUACAGACAGGAGGCAGUCCUCAGUAUCUGGCUCCAGUUCAGCGACGACACCACCGUCCCUCUGGAGACCUUUGACCCCGGCACCUACUCGCUCCGCCUCCUCUCGCUGGCAGAGGGCGUGGUCACCUUGGAGACGGUCGCCACGGAAACCGACCGCAGCGACGGGGGCAAACCGCUCCCCUUGGUGGUCGCCAGGGGCGACGGGGGCGGGCCUCUGAUCAGGGCGGAGCUCAGCGACACGGGCUGCCACAGGCUGAAGAAACAGCAGCAGCAGCCAAUCAGAAAGAAGACCGGGGUCCUGGCGGGGGGGUCGGGCUGGGUCCGAGUGAACUUUGACCUCCGGAGAAGAGGGGAAGGGGACAGCGGGGAGGGGGAGGACUAUUUCGGGGAGAGGAGGAAGGUUUGGAGAGGGGAGAGGAGGCAGGAGGAGGAGGAGGAGGGAGAGGAGGACUCGCUUGGAGACCAGAGGAAGGUUUUGAGAGAGGAAGGGGCGUCCGUCGACGAAGCCUCCAGCGAAGACCAGCCGGGUUUCUUGGAGUGGGAGCCGACGGGAGGGCGGGGCGCCCCGGGGGGGCGGAGGCUGACGGAGCUGGAGAUCGGGAUGUACGCUCUGCUGGCCGCGUUCUGCCUCGCCAUCCUGGCCUUCCUGGCGAACUGCGUGCUGCUCAUCCUGAAGUCCCGGCGCAAAGGCGGCGCGGGGGGAGGAGGAGAGGAUUCGGGGAAGAGCCGCCACAACUGGCUGUGGCUCGGCACGGACCUGGAGGAGCUGGGCAGGCAGGCGGACCUCGCCGCCAAUCUCUCCCAGCGGAGGAAAGAGCGGGGCGGGUCGGAGGGACCCUACCCCACCGCGGAGCCCGGGCCGGGGGUCGCACACGCGAGCGGCACGCGGCUCGUCUUCCCCAGCGCGGCGCACGACGACCACGUUACUCCCGAAGUGGAGGAGCUGGCUUCCCAGGAGCCUCUGGGUGCUGGCGGGAGGGUGCGGUUCGCUCCUCGGGAGGAUCCUGCCCUCGCGGCUUCGGAGGAGGACGUGGAGUGGCUGUGCCGGGACAUGGGGCUGAGCCGGCGAUCCGAGAUGGAGAGUUACAUGGAGGGAAUCCGACGGGACUCGGAGCGGGACUCGUGACGGAGCCUCGCGUCUUCUGCACACUCGCCCUCCUCCUUUUUUCCUUUUUGUGAAGUUUGCAAUCGUUCUGAACACGUCUGGCUGCUCACCUAAAGAAAGACAGGGAAAGGGGGGGGUCUAUAUAAUGCAGGGGGGGUCAAACUCCAGUCCUGGGGGGCCACGGGGGCAUCUGGUUUUCAUUCCACCUUAAGCUCUCAAUCUAAUUAUUUGUCCAAUUGGAUGUAUUUCAUGUUUUUUUCAAGUCAUUUCACAGUUGAUGGUUUUUAAAAAUGCAUUUCAAGGUACACAACCUCCAAAAUGUUUCGAGACCUGGAGAGAAGUGUUAAAUCUGUCCGGUUAAUCAGAUCAUCAGACCAGUGGAGUAAUUGAGAGCUCAGAGGGGGGUGAACGAAAGUCGGGAGACGCUGUGGCCCCCCAGGAGCGGCGUUUGACCACCCCCCCCCCCCGGAUAUAAGCAAGACGAUUCAAGCGAACGUUAUAGGAAGUCAUAUUCAACAUAUUUCAUAUUUUUACUCUUGGUAGAAAAAACUGAAACGUGUGUAUUUAAGUUUCCUUAUUUAGAGAAAAGGCUUCACGUUGAUAGUUUAGUUUUGUAAAUAUUCAUGGUUUUUUUAAAAAAAAAUGUGUUUUUAUUGUUUGUGAUUAAAGAUGAAUUAGGAGA